AUGCAUGAAGAAGAUAAUUCAUCUAAGAAGGCACAAAGAAACACUGAAGAUGAACUGCCAGAUGAGGAUUAUAGCCCAUAUUUUACAGACAUUUGGGAUAGUUUAGAUAAAUAUGACAAAGAAUACACACCUUCUCACGAAAUUCAAAAAUAUCACAAUCAUUUGCAAAAAAUAUUGUAUAAUAUAUUGUUUUCAAUUAAAUAUUUUCGUUCAGAAGAACUAAAUAUUGAUGAAAAAUUUUUGAAAUUAGUCAAUAAGUAUGUAAAAUUAAAGUUACAAGGAAACCAAUCAGAUGAAAAGGAUAUUUCUAGAUUAGCAAGAUUCCAUUUAAAAAAUCAAAAAGAUGACGAUGAGGAUGAAUUAGUAGUGGACGAAGAGGUCGGAGUGUUUCCUACCAAAUGCCCAAUAUCACAAAUGCCUUUUGAAGAUCCUGUUACACAAAGAUUCAGCAAAAAUAGGAGAGCCUGCGUGCACACAUUUGAAAAGGCGUUUAUUCUGCGGCUAAUGGUAAAUAAAGACACAAUUGAGUGUCCAAUUGCAGCAUGCAAAAAGAAAGUUUACAAAAAUAGCUUGCAUCCAGAUUACGAAUUUCUUCAUCAUUCAAGGUUCAAGAAAUUUAGGGAUAAUAUAACAGAAGCGAAGGAAUAUUAUAUAAAUCUAAGGAAUGAUGAGGAUAAAAGUUUCGAUUUUGUUGAAUAA